GGUUUUAGGGGUAAAAAGAAGGCAGGUUUCUAUUGGUUCUGGCUCCAAAUCAAGAGACAAGGUUGUUAUUGUGGAGGAGAUGACUCUACAAAGUGUUUUUGACAUCCUGGACAAAGCUUCGAAGUCCACCUAAUAGAGUGAGAGAUGAAUUUGAUCCUUGAAUGAGACGUGAAGCUGCAUUGUACUGUAGCAGCUAACCGAGUCACUUGUGUUUAUUGGAAAUUGUCUUGUUGAUGUUCCAGGUACUUCAAAACUGGCAUUGUUUGCGCUGUCUACACGCAAAUGACUACUUGUUUAUAAAUGCAUCUUUUAAUACAUGUAUACCACAGCGAGUACAUUACAUUAUAUGAAUUAUGAGUUGUGUUCAUACUUAUAUUUCUUGCCCUUGUAACAGAUGUUCUAUCUUUUCUUUCGUCUCGUAAACAAGCAUGAAUGCAAUGCCCUUAGCCUCUUAUUUCUAUAA